UCCUUCCAGAGCCGUCGAUGCACGCACUGCAGCCUGCUGGUGGAGACGGCGGCGGCGAACUGGCGGAGCCAUGCCGUCGCGCUCGGCGGAGCGGCCGCGCAGGCGUAGGUCCGAGUCCAGGUGGUCUCUCGCUGAGCCCCCUCCCGGCCUCUUCCCCGAUAGGGACGACCUCCUCCGCCUGCUCGCCGUCCUCUCCAUCGCCGCCGCAGCCGCCGCUGCCUGCAGCCUUCUCAGCCGCCGCCCCAAACCUUUCUGCGACAGCAACGGAGACUUCCACUCCAGUGCCGCCUAUCCAGUUUAUAUCCACACCCAUGAUUCAUGCCAACCAUGCCCUCAACAUGGACGAUGCGUAGACGGCAACCUGGAGUGCGUCCAGGGAUUCAAGAAAUACGGCAGGAUGUGCGUAGAGGAUGGAUUGGUCACCCGAACGGCCAAAAAGAUUUCGGAGUUGCUAGAGCGGAGGAUCUGCGAUCAACAUGCCCGUGCUUUAUGUGGCCAACCUGCCAAAAUCUUGUUCAAAGAGCUUGAUAUCUCAAACGUGGCUGAUGAGCUGUUAUCCAAGGAUUUUGUUGGCCUGAGUCAGGAUGGAGUUAAGCUUGCGAAAAUUAGAGUGCUAGAGAAUGCAGAGAUCUUCCUUGAGAAAACAAUGAGCAACAACGGAGUUGAAGGGUUUAAAUGUACAGAGCUGGUUGCAGAGCUUUAUAGGCCCAUGACUUGUCAACUUCGGCAAUGGAUCUAUAGAAAUAUGAUGUUUGUGAUAGCCUUUGGUUUCCUGUUUUCAGCGCUGCUCUGGAUUGUUUGGAGUAUUUACAGGAGCCAAGCAUUGGCAAUGAGAGCCGAACAGAUAUAUGGGCAGGUGUGUGAAAUCCUUGAAGAUAAUGCCACAAAUGCCAAGAUUGGCAACUCUGAUUAUGAGCCUUGGGUGGUCACGUCUUGGCUGCGAGAUCAUCUGCUAGUUCCACAAGAGAGAAGGAAUGCUUUCCUAUGGAAGAAGGUGGAAGAACUGAUAGUGGAAGAUUCUCGCAUAGAUCAAUACCCGAAAGUGAUUAAGGGAGAGUCGAAAGUUGUUUAUGAGUGGCAAGCCAGCGGCUCUCUCCGUGGAAAGAGCAAGAGGAUGCAAUUUGUAGCAGAAGGCAAGUCAAGAGGGGGUGCAGCUGGCGGAGCCGUAAAACUUGCUGAAGAACUGGGUCUGGGUGCAGGCUAGUAGUUAGUUUGAGUUCGGGCUUGAAUCGAAUAUUUGAGUUAACAACACUAGUAGCUUAGCUUGUUUGUUGUGCUGUG